CAUCAGAACGGUCAAUUCAAAUUUUGCAAUGGCGUCAUUCAAAGCACAAUCGCCUGUUGACAGAAAUGUCGGCCAGGGUCAUUGGUGUUUCUGCAUCUCGGGCCAAGUGUAUCAUUACACGGAACCGGUUCCGGUUCGGAUGGCCCCUUUACACAAGCUGAAUCAGCUCUAUUUCAUAGACACUGAGGAGGCUUGCCAAGAAAGAAACGCCCUUAUUGGAGAUCGCGUAAGGGAAGCCACGAUCCGAACAAUUGAGACCAUGUUGAGACGUGUCAAUCAACUCUGCAGAGCCUAUCGGUUCAUCUCUGAGGUUUUGACAGACGUACCGGACGAGGUCAGAGUUCAUGAUGUGCACGUCAUCUUCAAGGAACGCAUUGGUAACGAUCUGAGACGGUUCAAUUUGCCUGCCUGCAGAAGUGAUAUCGCUGCAGUUUACACAGGUGAAGAGCCGCCCAGAGAUGUAGAUUUGGUUGUCUACCCGCAGGGGAGUGACCGCAGAAAUCAGAUCAAGAAUCUGAACAGCCUUGCCGAUCCAAUGGUGUACCCUCUCCUAUUUCCCAACGGGGAAUACGGAUACAGAACGGGUGUUACCACACAGACAGACAAACAGAACAGUGACUUUGAGACAAUUUUACUCGUGGCGAUUGGCCGUCAGGAAUGGCUUCUCCAUCCUGCACAACGGAGGAAAGUUGUUUCAACAGUACAUUGUUGA